GUCCUUUUCGGCCAGCAUUUUGUUGAACUUGUCGAACGAGCAUGGCAUUCAUUAUUAGACGGCGUUUACUGGCGUGCGGUGCGCCAUUACUCCGCGUCAAGAGUCCUCGUACAUUCCCCAUUUCCCACGCUUAUCCCGCAACUAUCCCAAAAACGCCUGCUCCACAAUCCGGGUUCGCGACGUUGGUUCAAAGACCAAAAGAAUACUUUCAUUUGACCAAUGUGAAAGAUAACAAUGGAGCACGACGAAAGCGCAAGAUUCUCGGUCGUGGUGAAGGUGGAAAGGGAAAAACCUCAGGACGAGGUAUGAAGGGAUACCAUGCACGGCAACACAAAGCAACGCCUCUCCCUGGUUUUGAGGGUGGUCAGACGGGGCUGAUUAAGGCAAUUCCAAAGUUGGGUAAACGAGGAGUCCCAAAGCUGCGGUUCACUCGGUUGUACCUCGAUACGUUGCAACAUUUCGUUGAAACUGGAAAAUUGGAUGCUUCGAAGAAGAUUACAAUAAAGGAGUUGGCCGAGUCAAAGUGUGUCGGGAAGAUAAAGGAUGGAGUGGUCUUGUUGGCCAAGGGCGGGGAGUUUUUUAAUUCAAAAGUGGACAUUGAAGUCACGCGAGCAUCGCAGGUCGCGAUGAAGUUGAUUGAAGAAAAGGGAGGCAAUAUCAAGUGUGUUUAUCAUGGGAAGGAAGUUCUGCGAGCGCUUCUCAGACCGGACAGAUGGGCGAUCAUGCCGAAAAACCCCCUGCCUACGACAAAAGAAAAUAUUGCACGCUACACCGAUGAAUCCCGAAGAGGUUACCUGGCACCGCUUGUAGAGGGAGUGGACAAGAGCGAGAUUGUAAAAAAGUUGCUAGAGAGGAGCCGCCCUCAGGCGACAACCGAAUCAGCCUAAUCUGCAUAGAGUCCUAUAUUGUACAAAACGAUCAUUUACGGGAAUCAGGAAUGCUGUAUUUAAUGCCAAGUCAUUUAUUUACAUUGUUAUUAGAUUGACAUUGUUUCAUCAUGUCCGUGCACUGUACUCCCGGUUACGUCCGACUAAUAGCAGCCCUUCCGAGACA